ACACCCGGAAGCAGCGGCCGGAGCGGAGCCGGCAGCAAUGAGCGGGGAGCCAGGGCAGGUGUCCUUAGCGCCCCCUCUCGGGGAGGUCGAACCGGGCAGUGGGGUCCGCAUCGUGGUGGAGUACUGUGAACCUUGCGGCUUUGAGGCCACCUACCUGGAGCUGGCGAGUGCCGUGAAGGAGCAGUAUCCGGGCAUCGAGAUUGAGUCGCGCCUGGGAGGGACAGGGGCCUUUGAGAUUGAGAUCAAUGGACAGUUGGUGUUCUCCAAGUUGGAGAAUGGAGGCUUUCCUUAUGAGAAAGAUCUCAUUGAGGCCAUCCGAAGAGCCAGUAAUGGAGAACCCCUGCAAAAAAUCACCAACAGCCGCCCUCCCUGUGUCAUCCUGUGACUGCACGUGACUCUGGGUUACUGCUCUGUUCUGGAGUUCAAGCCUUGGUCCUGCUGGGAACUCUCUCUGCCUCUUUCCCCUCACUUAAGCUCCUGUUAGCUAAGAGACCCUAGCUUCCACUUUGCCCCUUUGGGCACAAGGAUGGAACAGAAACAUCUAGUCUUGGUGGUUGAAAAGAGACACUCUCUAUGGACAUUCCCACAGCCACCUCAUACCCCAUCCACAAAGGAUAAGUGCCCACAAAAGCUCAGUCCCCUCCCCAGCUUGGCAUUACCUGUCAGAUGCCACAGUAGAUCUAAUUUAUUUCCCCCUGAGCCCUAGGUGAUGUCAGCUGUUGGCAGUACAAAGGCACUACAAUCACUUGUGCCAACUAGUGUAUGUUUAUGUCUAGCCUGGGAGUGUGGAGGGCAGGAGUCAUGCCAGCCUCCAUGCCACCUGGUGGGUGGGCUUUUUCUAGACAGCUGCUUAGGUUCAGGGAGCUUCUUUCUUAGCCAAGGCAAGGAAAAUGAGUCAUGUAAUAGACAGUGCCUCUUCUCCCCCCUCCAUAUCCCUGACUCCCCUUCUACAUAGGGAGGAAAUGACCCCAUCUGGCGGGUGGCCUUAGGAAUGAGUUUGUUCAAGCAAAAAUAACCCAGUUGUCAAAGGGCCCUCAGGUGGAAAUCCUAACAUUCAAACCCAAGGAACUGGAAAUUGGGCUCCUCAUUCAGGCUUUUGGAAGAGGACUGAGUUUAAGGUGAGCAGUAAGGUCUGGCCCAGACACAGGAUGGGGCCCAGCUGUUUUCCAAAAUCUAUUUGCAAAUGGAGAAAAUGGAUGUGAAGAGGGACAUCCCUCCCCAACCCGAGACACACCCCCUUUCCACACAACAACCACUCUCCCUCUGGGUCCUUAUUUCAUCUUUAAAAAAUAAAAACAAGUAAAAACAAAACAAAAAAAGCACUCUGUACAAGGAUUGGUCUGGACACUCGUGCAACUACCUUCCUCCUGGGGUGCACACUGGGUGUCAGGCACAGUCUGCUAAUGGGUUGUCCUCAUUCUCAGACAGUCCCUUGGGCCCCUUUGUAGGCCCAGCUUUCCUCAGUCAUUUAGAGCUCAAGGUUUGGAAGAAGAGGGCCAGGCCUGGCCGAAGCCUCAGGAGAGCGUAGCUCUGGCAUCCACUAGACCCUAGAGUCUGGUGGGACAGGGCUCUGAAGUCCACCAAGACUGCCUAAUGCACCCCCUCUUCCAACCA